AUGCCUUUCCGUCGGCCACAACUGCUGAGUGACUCCCAGUACCACGACUGCUUCUCGGAUGCGUCCUCGGACAAACCUGUCGAUGACCAGCAGGCCGACCCUCCGUGCAGCCGUCCCAGCGCACCGUCAAGAAUUCUACCAGGUUACGAGCUGGGUAUGAGCAUGCAGAGCGGCGAGGCUAGUCGCAUUAGUCGUGGCAGGAGCCCUGACAAUACACGGGGGAUAUCUCAAUUGAAGUGUAUAGGGUCUCAGGAGGAGUCCAGCCUCCUAAUCGAUGUCAGUACGAGGGUAUCACAUUCGAACAACGUGGAGAACGAUGCUACAGCCAACGUGGCGGACCCGAUAGAGAGAGUGGAGCCGCGACCGAUCAGUCCAAAUGUGUUGGUGGAAUCGAGCCAAAUUGUUGACGGAUCUUACCCUAGUUAUGUCUACACCCCCGCUGACCUCUCUAUCUCCACUCCCUUACUGAUGGGCCAGGCUGCAGAAGGUAGCAGCGUACUGGGUCCGAGCUUUUCUCUCAAUCGCUCUAGAGAGAGCCUUAUACCCGGGUAUAGAAGAAGUGCUUGCUUCUCACAGCUAGAUAGUUUACUCGAGGACGGUCCCGGAGCUGCUACCAGCGAGGUUUUGGCAACAUCACAAGUACGCAAUCCGCAAGGGCCCGACUCAGUUGAAGUGCCGGGGGUCACUGAUGAUCCAGAGCCCGAGAGUGCCCUUCAUGAGGCAAUGGUAGAUCUGACCGCUGACGAGGCCCCUUUGGUUCAAACCAACAGAAGGGCUCCAACUUUAGUGAAAACUGAAAGUCCAAAGGCUCCGGAUGAGCAGCCAUCGACGGCAGAUAUGUCGGCUUGUUCAGACGCCCUGCGUGGCCUACCCAUCAGUGCAGCGUUCGAGAAGUCACUGGCCUUGGCUACAGACUUGGGAUUACUCGAAGACUCGGCGGUCCCUAAGGCCGAUGCUUAUCCUUCCCUCUCCCCACCCAAAUGCAGGGAGACCUUGGAUGAAGUGGAGAUGACGGCUGUUCAAGCUGAUGAGAAUGACAGCGAUAGGGGGACGCCGAGUAAGGACGGUGAGGAGGAGGAGUAUGCAUCGACGUCAGAGGAUGGGGAGAUCGCCGACCAGCAGGAGGAGGAGACGGCAUUCAGUGCAGUGGGGGUCGCAGAAUGGGGAAGUGAGGGAUACACUGGAAGUGACGAUGAUGAUGACUCGGAACCUGGGGAGGAGCCCACUCCUGAGAGAUCGGCAGCUUUGGAAGCGACGGCGAUGCAAGAUGAUGAUGAGGAGGAGGAAGAGUCUGCGAGAGAGGAGUUCCCGAGUCACAAUGGGGACUCGGAGGGAGUCCCGGUGUUGGCAGAAGGAGUCCUAGAGAGAUCAUCAUCGGAGACCUUCAAUGAUGGCCGCAGUAGCGAGGGAGAUACACAGAGUGGAGAAGAAUGUGAAUCAACUCGCGAAAGGGAUGUCCGUGAGGAUGGCCAUUCCGUUAGCUAUGAGAGCUGCCCCAGUGUGAGGCGAGCAACGGUUCAGACGGAGGAGUUCCGGAGUCCGUCCUCGGGACUUGAGAUGGUAACAGGAUCUUCGGAUAGUCCCUCAAUAGACGAGGAUGGUCCGGGUACCAGCCAGAAGCAGUCGAGAAAACGACAGCGUUCGACCAGGAACGAGAGCUUUGAGGAGGAGGAGGAAGAGGAGGAGGAGCGAUCGGCUAUAGCAGAAAGCUCGCCGUUGGGAUUCCCUGAGAGGUUUAGUCCUGAUCUGAUGGAGAAGGUGUUCAGAUUUUUGAAGCUCAAACCACCACUACACAAGGUGGAUUUGCGAUCGCAGAAUCACUUUGAUGAAAAGCACGCUUUGUAUGAUAGUCGGGACGGUCCUCAGCCCGCUGCAGGUGUCGAUCGGGGGAGGACGACGGAGCGCCGCCGCCACCGCCGCCGUCGACGUGAUCAUGGGAAGGGGGCGGCUGAUCCGUACGCUGCUGCUAGGCAGCGAUUGCAAGAAUAA